AUGCUGGCGGAGAAGCAGCCAAAGCGGCGGACGAAAACCGAGCUGCCACCUCUCAGUCCACCGCCAGCACCGGCAGUCAUCACGACUUCAGCUCAGGUGCAGACGGCCAGCUGGGAGUCCUUGGUGAAAGAGGCCCUUGCACCAGAACAGGCAAAGUACCAAGCCCAAAUACAAGCCUUGCAGACUGAGAUGAAGGCGUUAGAAACGAGACUCAACGAGACCGUUGCCCAUCUCGAAGCGGAGCGGAAGGCCCAUGCCCAGACAAGAUCGCACUGGGACGAGGAGAGAGCCUCUCUUGCUGAGCGCCACAAGUCGCUUGACGACCAGAAGAAAUCCAUGGAGUCGCAAAGGCUUCAGUGGACACAAGAGCGGGAGGCCUUGGAGGCUUCGCUUGCGCUGCUGAAAGCUGAGCUUCGCAGCGCGGCCACCGAGGCAGAAUCAGACCGCUUCUCAUGGGAGGAGACGGAGAAAGACCUGCGAGCCCAGCUGGCCCGGCAGCAGAGCCGCGAGGAGGUCGAGGCUGGCAGCCGGUCACCGCACCAUGGUGAGACACUUGAUGAUUUCUUUGUUUUUAUUCAGACAUCCGCCAUGGUAAACCAGGCCUCCUCGCCGCUUUUGGCCACGACCCCAUUACAUGACAACCCUGCUUGGGUGGAUGAGAUUGACCGCUACUUCUCGGUUUCAAGACGUGGAAGCACAUUGGCUACGGAGUUCCGCGCCGGGACCACGGCCUUCCUAGCUACCGCAAACAACUUUGUUGUCAACGCGCACAUCAUGAGCCACGCAGGGCUCGACCCUGAGAGACAGCUGGUCAGCGGCGCAUUUGCUGCUGGGGUGACUUGUAUAGUUGCUGGACUGCUCAGCAAUCUUCCGCUGGGGAUGGUUCCUUCAGUAGGGCCCAAUGUGUACAUAGCUUACAGCUUGGUCGGGCCUCACCUAUUCGAGGUCCACGAAGCGCUUGGGAUCUCAGCUGCCUGUGGCUUGGUUCUUGCGAUGCUGUCACUUACACCCAUGCUGCGGAUGAUUCUUGGGCUUAUGCCCUUGAGCAUCAAGUAUGGCCUUCUGGUCGGCACAGGUUUAUUGACCGCUUUUAUUGGCUUGAAAUCCAUUGGUGUCAUUGUGGCAGAUAAGGGCCAGGACAUAGUAGCCCUUGGCGACCUGCACAGCUUGCCCUGUCUCAUCUCCAUGGUCUCCCUGAUAUUCACUGCAUCUUUGUUGUAUAAUGCUGUCACUGGUUCUGUCCUCAUCGGCAUGCUGACUGCAACGCUGGCAGCCUGGUACAUGCUAGAUGACUGGCCAACAAGAUUUGUCUCAGUGCAAGGAUUGCACUUCUUUGAGCUGAGUUUCGGGGUGCUGGGAACGCAGACGGCCUGGGCAGAAGUGGCUUCGUUGCUUCUCAUGUUGCUUUUCUCACUUAGUGGUGCCAUCAUUGGAAGUGCAAAGAUGGCUGGCCUUCUUGCCGAAGACGGCAGCGUGCGAGGUAGCACUGCAGUGUUUGUUUCCAGUGGUUUGGGCACCAUAUUGUCCGCUUUUCUAGGGACGGCGCCCAUUUUCGUCAGCAUGUCUGCUGCAGCUGGCAUAAGAGAUGGCGGCCGCACAGGUCUUGUCUCAAUUGUCAUUGGCUUGUACUCGCUUCUAACAGCUUUUAUCCUCUCUCCUGUCGCUUCAGCGGUGCCGGAGUGCGCAGUCUCUCCAGUUCUUGUGCUGGUGGGCGUUUCCAUGACUGGCGAGGCCAGGGAAAUUCAGUGGUGGAAUAUGCUGGAUGCAUUGCCAGCAUUUUUGUGUGCCAUUUUCCAACCUUUCACCUACAGUGUUUCCAACGGCAUUUAUGCAGGCUGUGGAAUGUCCAUCAUAUUGUUCUUUUCGACAGGCACCUUCCUGUCCUACUGUCCCACACUUCGUAUGCAUGCCGCAGCCAGCAAGGUCGGCAUUCUUGGAGAGCCGAAACUGCACCUGGAAAGGCAAAGGUCAGAGUCAAGUGCGCUGGAGGACACUGAGACAGGUGUGGUUGCAGAUCAAGUUGCGAUUGAAAGUCCACUGGUAAAGGCCAUGCAUCGCUAUUGUGAUGGCGGGCCUUUCGGCCUUGAGGAGGACAUGGACGAUGACUCUGACAUCCGAACUAAGCUGAUACACCUCGGAAUUUCUUCGAAGUACGAAGCUUUACACUUUAUCGAGCAAGCAUCUAAGUUUGUGGGUCUUGAUCCUGCCAAAAUGAUGGCGGUGGUGUCUGAACGUCUUGAAGCGGGAAGAAAUGUGGAGUCGCACUACAUGGGCGGAAUUCCAGGUUUUGAGACGGCCCAAACGAACCAGGAGCUUAUGCACCAGCAUGCGCUGACACGAACGCAUAGCGAGCAUCUCAGCCCUGCCGAGGACGAUGUCAAAUCUCUGCAGAAGCAGAUGGCUUCGCUCCGGGAGGAGCAUGCUGCAGUUGCCAAGGAGCGUGAUGACUUGUUACAGCGCCUGGAAGAUGAGCAAGCGGAAAUGACGAGGAUGUUGCCGAACCUCUUGGUUCCAAGCCAGCCCGGGCCAUCCGCAAUGGCAGCUGGCCUUCGUCGGCUGGUCAGAAUUCCUGUGGGCUCUUUAAAGUCCAGGCUGGCUCCUGUCAGCACCUCCGCAUUUGCUGAGCUUGAGCAUCGUAACUGGCAGAAGGCUGUGCGCGCGUACGACAAAGGAUGGGGAGCGUUAACUCGGCAGUGUAUCCCAGAUUUGUUGGCAGGUGUUGGUUGCCAGAAGAGUUGCAGACUUGUGGACGUGGCAACUGGACCCGGGUUCGUUGCAGAGGAAGCCGCAAAAGCUGGUGCAGAUGUUGUGGCCGUAGAUUUUGCGCAGAACAUGCUGGAACUCGCACGGGAGCGCCUUUCACAUUCUUUGGGUUCAGAUGUUGUUCAAUGUGUAGAAGCAGAUGCGGCAGCUAUGCCGUUCGAGUCAGAGAGUUUUGAUGCUGUGGCAUGCAGCUUCGGUGUGCUGCACUUGCCCGAGCCAGAGGCAUUCUUUGCCGAGGCAUUGCGCAUUCUGCGUCCUGGUGGGCGUUUGGGCUUCACAGUUUGGUCACCCACUCCAUCCACAGAGGCACUCGCACUGGUGCAUGCGGCUGUUCAGGACCAUGGCAACCCGAACGUUCCUCUGCCUGAGGCUCCUCCCUUCUUUCGUUUUGCUGAUGCGACAGACACCGCUCAGACACUGGCCGCGGCAGGAUUUGGGCAAGUUGUAUCCAAAGAGAUUUCAAUGUGUUGGGAGGUUCAGGAUGCGAGGGAGACUUUUGUGGCUUUCCGUGAUGGCACAGGACGCACAGCCGCGCUGCUGGCAGGUCAGACUUCGGAGCAGUUACAAGCCAUCGAGGUGGCCGUGACCAAGGGAACCGAGGCAAAGCGAGGUGGCCCCGACCAGCCUUGCCGUCUCCAGAUGCCGUGCAUCCUGACGCUAGUUGUGGAGAAGCGUGCUUAUUCUUCAUGCCAGAAGUUGCCACAAAGUCUCCGGGCAGUGAUAAAGGAGUGGCGGACAGUGCCAAAUGCGUUGACGGCUCUACGGCUGGUCGCUGUCCCGGGCAUCCUUGGAACUUGGCCCCUGGCUCAGCUGCCGCCGAAGUAUACCAUCGCCAAAGAUGGUGUUCCUGGUACUGUCCAGGUACCUGGAACUUCCUACUGCGGCAGCGGCUCUUUUUGGCACCGCUGCCAUAACCGACGCUUCCCAGUCACAGCUGUGCAUAGAGCUCUAUUCGAAUGCUGGAUCCAGUUAGAAGUAGCGAUGUCCAGUGACGCGAGGAUUGGUUUGACGGAUUUCUCGCCAGACGGUGGCAGCAGCAAACCUCCCUGGGAGCUCUACUCGAUCCUUUGGCGGACAGACAAGCUCCUGGUCUCUUCCACAUUGGUUCUUCUAGUGGAGCACGCCGCAAGCCCAAUUGUGUCAGUGCCAGCAGUGGCGAUCCUCGCACGCGAGCUUGGGGUCUCCACAAUGCGCGAGUGGACUCAGACCUAUCGGCCUGAGGCCGCUGGCAGCCUCUCAGUUGCCUGGCACGGCAAGGCGAAAGCAGCUGCGCAGUUGCUCGCGCUGCAAGGCUUGCUGGCAGGCAUAGCGUUGAGUGACUACGAGACCAAAAACAAGACAGAUGCCCAGGCUUGGGGCCCUGUGCUCUACAAAGGGCUCACCUUGGGCAGCGGCUUACAGUACGCCGCUGCUUUGCGAGUGUGA